CUCGACUCAAAGCAGCACGCACACACACAGAGGCAGACACACACAGAGACAGACACACACUGGGAGGGGGAGUUCCUCGUCGACGUCCUGUUCUCGCUCAGAAGGUAAACGCUGCUGGAUGACGAGCAGCUCAGAGACUCACAUCUGGACCUGCAGCUCCUCUUCAGACUCCUGCUCCUGCUCCACACAGCUCCACUACUCCUCCUCCGCGUCCUCUGUACGCACCAGUAGCACCAGUGGAACCAUUGGAAACCAGUGACCCAGUCCAGAGACCAGUUUGAAACCAACCCGCCGGUCGGAGAUGCCUUCGGACGUCGGGACAGCGAAGCCUGGGGGCGUGAUUGCUUACAUCUCCUCUGGCUCCUCCUCCAGCCCGGAGUCCUUCCUGAGCACCAGCCCGAGCCGCGGCUACAUGUCCACGUCGCCGCCCCUGUCCCGCCCCUCGCUGCCCAGCAGGGCCGUGGGCAUGGUCGUGGAUAUCGCUCCGCCGGCCAAGGGCGGCCAGCUGCGCGGCCACGGCACGGAGAAGGCCGGGCGCUCCUCCGCGGCGGCCAAGAGCAGCAUCACCAAGAUCAACGGCAUGGUGCUGCUGUGCAAGGUGUGCGGCGACGUGGCCUCGGGCUUCCACUACGGCGUGCACGCCUGUGAGGGCUGCAAGGGCUUCUUCAGGAGAAGCAUCCAGCAGAACAUCCAGUACAAGAAGUGUCUGAAGAUGGAGAACUGCACCAUCAUGAGGAUCAACAGGAACCGCUGCCAGCAGUGUCGCUUCAAGAAGUGUCUGUCGGUCGGCAUGUCCAGAGAUGCUGUGCGAUUUGGUCGCAUCCCAAAGCGGGAGAAGCAGAGGAUGCUGCUGGAGAUGCAGAACGCCAUGAACAACAUGAUGAGCAACAACAGCCAGCUGCACAGCAUGCUGCACGGCCAGAGCCCCCCCCUGCCCAUGGAGGCCAGGACCAGCGACGCCAUCUCCCCGGUCCUCUCCUCCUCCUCCUCCUCCUCCUCCUCCUCCUCUAUCUCCUCCUCUGCUUCCGACUCCCCGUCGUGCUCCAACCCCUCGUCGCCGCAGUGCCCGCAGGACUCGGAGUCCGUGGCGUCCAUGGACACCAACUCCAGCUCCGCCUCCUCCUGCGCGUCGGACAGUGGCGAGGACGAGUCCCUGGUCACGACGAGCCGGCAGCACCAACACGCCUUAGAGUUCGGCCAGCAGAGGUCGCAGAGACAAGGUCAGGGGUCGGCCUCGGCGGAGACCAGGUGCGAGGGGCAGCAGGAGAACUGGAACACGUGGAACAACAACGCAGCGGUGGGAGGUUUCCAGCACAGCUCUUACAGUAACAGCCAACACGUCACCAACGCUGCUUUCAGGGACGACAGGGGAGUUUACCAGCAGCAGCUCAGCAGCGCCCCUAGCUGCCAACGCUCAGAAGACAGGCAGAGCCGGCUGGCAUUUCACACACAAAACACCUCAAGUGGUUACACAGGACCAAGCAGCUGCGUGGACAACAGAGCACAUCUGCUCUGUCCCAUGAACGCCUCCCCCUACGUGGACCCCCUCAAGCCGAGCCAGGAGGUCUGGGAGGAGUUCUCCCUGAGCUUCACCCCGGCCGUGCGGGAGGUGGUCGACUUCGCCAAGAAGAUCCCAGACUUCCGUGACCUUCCCGAGCGCGACCAGGUCAGCCUGCUGAAGGCGGGAACCUUCGAGGUGCUGAUGGUCCGAUUCGCCUCCCUGUUCAACGUGGUCGAGCGGACCGUGACCUUCCUGAGCGGGAAGCGCUACAGCCUGGACACGCUGCGCUCGCUGGGCGCCGGCGAGCUGCUCAACUCCAUGUGCGAGUUCAGCGAGAAGCUGGCGGCGCUGCGGCUCGACGCCGACGAGAUGAGUCUGUUCACCGCCGUGGUGCUCGUCUCCGCCGACCGCUCAGGGGUCCAGGACGUGAACGCUCUGGAGGUUCUGCAGGACAAACUGAUCCGGGCUCUUCGCAACCUGGUGAUUCAGAACCGCGGCGACGAGGCGUCCACCACGUUCACCAAGCUGCUGCUCAAGCUUCCCGAGCUGCGGUCACUCAACAACAUGCACUCAGAGGAGCUGCUCUCCUUCAAGGUGCACCCUUGAACUCUUCCGGAGGGGACGAACACCGUGUCCUCCACCUCCUCCACACACCUCCACCUCCACCAGGACCUGCCUCUCUCCACCCCCCCCCCCCCCACCCCCGCCGCUGCCCUCUGUACUCGACCAACCCAGUUGCGUGUUUGUUUCUAGAAUGUAUUGAAAAUUGUUUUAUAUUCUAUUUUUGUUAAGUCGACCACGUAGGGUCUGAAGAGAGAAGAGUCUAAACAAAACGUACUGUAUUUCGAGGAGCCAGCUCACGCUUGUUGCACACGCAAGUGCACGUGUGUCAGAGGUGCUUAGCUUCUACCUUCAAGUGACAGAGGAGAACUUCACUGGCUUUAACAACAGAUAGAAUAGAAGCUGAUUAGUCCAUAUGAGUGUUUGUUAGAGUUUAUGUUUCCUCCAAAAGCCAUUUAAUUCCAAAGUGUAUUCUCUGUUGAGCGGAUGAAUGUGAGAAACAGAACUCGUGUCCUGCAUGUUUGUUGGGUCCAGUGUAUUUUGACAGGAAAGAAAAGCUACCGGACGAUGUAUCGAAGAAUGUGUGACGAUCGCUGCUAAUGCAUGGCUGUACUUAAUGCAAGCAAUCCCCCCCCCCCCCCCCGGGUCUCAGAAAGCAUCAGUUCUUUGUUUCAGUGUGUGUGUAUAGUGUUGUCUGUUGUGUUCUUGCCUGGUGAUUGUCUGGGGGAGUCGAUGAUUUGCACAAACUCCUGGCGCAGCAAAACCCAAGUAACACAAACCACCAGAUAGUGUGACGCAGCAUCGUGUCGAGUUCCGUGGACAUUCAAUCACACAAAAGUGUUUUCAUUUUAUUUUGGGAUCAGACUUUGUGUGCUUUCAGCAUAGCACUGAAUUUGACACUUGUUUAUUUGUUCUUUUUGUUGUCAUCCAUUUUGUUGAAAUAUCUGUUUCUUCUACUGGCCACACUGCCACAUGUAAAUAUAUAUAUAAAUAUAUAUAUAUAAAUAUCUGAUGAACAUAGAAUAUAAAAAUGAUAUAGUAUGAAUAAAUUCAAGUGAGGAGUA